AAUAAUCGAGCUGAACAUGGGCAAACCACCGUUGACAUAUCGACAGUUUAUCAAGAUCGUGUCCGAGAUGAAACCCCCGCCCGUGCCCGUGCCUGCGUUGAGUAGCCGAAUGUUGGGUAAUGCCACUUCACCCAUUUCUGAGGACCACGAUGAGCGAUAUGGUGUGCCUUCUUUGGCCGAAUUAGGAUUUGAUACAAAAAAUCUACCCCCAUCCGCCUGGCAUGGCGGUGAAACCGAGGCUUUGAGUCGCUUGGAACGUCAUUUAGAGCGCAAGGCUUGGGUGGCCUCGUUUGGUCGGCCUAAGAUGACCCCACAGUCCUUGUUAGCUAGUCAGACGGGCCUGAGUCCGUACCUUCGAUUCGGUUGCUUGUCCACGCGGUUGUUUUAUCAUGCAUUGGGUGACCUUUUCCGUAAGAUUCGGAAAGAGGAGCCUCCAUUGUCUCUCUAUGGGCAACUCCUUUGGCGGGAGUUCUUCUACACAGCCGCCACGAAAAAUCCCAACUUUGAUCGCAUGUACGGCAAUCCCAUUUGUGUCCAAAUUCCAUGGGACAAGAACCCAGAAGCUUUGGCCAAAUGGGCCAAUGGAAGCACAGGAUUCCCCUGGAUUGAUGGCAUCAUGACUCAAUUGCGCCAAGAAGGAUGGAUUCAUCAUUUGGCUCGCCAUGCCGUCGCUUGCUUUUUGACCAGAGGAGACUUGUGGAUCUCAUGGGAGGAAGGCAUGAAGGUGUUUGACGAGCUCCUCUUGGAUGCGGAUUGGUCGGUCAAUGCGGGUACGUGGAUGUGGCUGUCGUGUUCGUCGUUUUUUCAACAGUUCUUCCACUUAUAUUGCCCUGUCAGAUUUGGACGAAAAGCCGAUCCAAAUGGAGACUACAUCAGACGUUAUUUGCCUGUGUUGAAGAACUUUCCUACGCGAUACAUUCAUGAGCCAUGGACGGCCCCCGAGCAAGUCCAAAAGGCUGCGAAAUGCAUUAUUGGCAAGGAUUAACCAUUGCCCAUGAUCAACCACACGGAAGUGUCCAAGAUCAAUCAGGACCGAAUGAGACAGGUGUAUGUUCAAUUGUCCUCCUAUAAGAACGUCAAAACACCCGAGAUGACCUCAAUCGCCCACGGAGAAAGCACGGACACCAAUCAAACCCAGCUCCGAUCCACCGGACAGCCCUCUUCUCAUAACAAUAGGCCCAUGUAUGACGCGAACCUGAACAAAAACAUAUCCUCAUCUUUGACAUCAUUGAAUCCCGGCCACUUCAAGCAACCCCAAUCAGCCACAGAUUCAUUUCAACCAAGUAAUAUGACAAUAUUGGUGGCCUCGCCCGGGAAUUCCAGCUCGCCCAACCCAAGUCAAGUCCCACCCUCUACUCCAUCCGAAGCCACCCCGGAUCGGAAUAAUUCAACGUUUUUCCCAAGACAGGAUUCCAAUUCCUUGUUGGAAGACGUGGAUAAUCUCGUCCCAUCGAUCGAAAAAUACUCCCCUCAGAUUGUUUCCGACACUCUCAGGCAAGAUGCCAUUAUGCAACAUGAGCAAAAUCAGAAACACCAACAGCAGCAACAACAACAACAGCAGCAGCAGCAACAGUAACAACAAUGAAAUGUUGAAAUGACUGGCUCUCAAAGAGAAAAUUAUGGACACUGAGUACCUUUUUUGCUCUGAAUAUGAGUGAAGAGUCCCUCAUUCCAGCAAUUUCUUAAUAUUAAUUGUCCUUUGAGAGUCGUCAAGUACUCUUGUCACAUUGUUGAUGGCAUUGAGUAAGUAAAAAGGUUGAAACCAAAUGGAAGAAAGAAUGAUACAUCUAGUGUGUAAUGUCAAUCGAUUUGUUUACCCCUUCAUAUGAUAUAUAUCGUAACCAUUGCAUCAAUGAUUGCCCCACGGCUCUCGCAAAAGUCAUGACAAGAUUGUACGUAAUUUCUUGAUUCUCAUUUUUCGAUGUUGUUACUCAUUUCCGAAAUUAAAAGAGAGUCACAGAGACUUCUUUUCAAAA